AAAAAAAAAGCAAGCAACACACGCAAGACUCGUCGGGACCAAAUUCUUUUUGCGCCUCGGGGACUGGAUUCCACGGCGGACUUUGGGACUUGGGCGGGCGCUCGCUUGCUGCGGAGUGGCGGUGCAUGCCCUCCGUGCCGAGGUGGCCCGGGGGUCGCCUCCACCGCGUCCUCGAUGCGCUCUGCUGAGUGAGCCGCGCGCCCUCCUCCUCCUCCUCCUCCUCGCCGCACGCCCUCUUCCCUCCGGCCCGCCUUCAAAUGGCUUCGUUCCCCGAGACCGACUUCCAGAUCUGCCUGCUGUGCAAGGAGAUGUGCGGCUCGCCCGCGCCGCUCUCCUCCAGCUCGUCCGCCUCGUCGUCGUCCUCGCAGACGUCCACGUCGUCCGCGGGCGGCGGCGGCCCCGGGGCGGCGGCGCGGCGUCUGCACGUCCUGCCCUGCCUGCACGCUUUCUGCCGGCCGUGCCUCGAGGCGCACCGCCUGCCCGCUCCCGGUGGCGCCGGCCCCACCGAGGCGCUGAAGCUGCGCUGUCCCGUGUGCGACCAGAAAGUGGUCCUGGCCGAGGCGGCGGGCAUGGACGCGCUGCCGUCGUCCGCUUUCCUGCUCAGCAACCUGCUGGACGCCGUGGUGGCGACCGCCGACGAGCCGCCGCCCAAGAACGGGCGCGCGGGCGGCGGCCCCGGGGGCGCGGGCGGCCACAGCAACCACCGGCACCAUGCGCACCACCCGCCCCAGCGCGCCGCCGCUCCGGCGCCGCAGCCGCCGCCCGGCCCGGCCGCCUCUCCCGCGGCGCUCCUGCUGCGCCGACAGCACGGCUGCAGCUCGUGCGACGAGGGCAAUGCCGCCUCGUCGCGCUGCCUCGACUGCCAGGAACACCUGUGCGACAACUGUGUCCGCGCGCACCAGCGCGUGCGCCUCACUAAGGACCAUUACAUCGAGCGCGGCCCUCCUGGGCCGGCGGCCGCCUCCGCGGCGCAGCAGCUGGGGCUCGGGCCGCCCUUCGCCGGCGCGCCCUUCUCCAUCCUUUCGAUGUACCCAGAUCGUCUCGGCUUCUGCCAGCACCACGACGAAGAGGUCCUGCAUCUUUACUGCGACACCUGCUCUGUUCCCAUCUGCAGAGAGUGCACGCUGGGACGUCAUGGGGGCCACAGCUUUGCCUACCUCCAGGACGCCCUCCAGGACUCACGGGCACUCACCAUCCAGCUGCUGGCUGAUGCCCAGCAAGGCCGCCAAGCCAUCCAGCUGAGCAUCGAGCAGGCCCAGACGGUGGCAGAACAGGUGGAGAUGAAGGCGAAGGUGGUCCAGUCGGAGGUCAAGGCUGUGACAGCCCGCCAUAAGAAAGCCCUGGAGGAGCGUGAGUGCGAGCUGUUGUGGAAGGUGGAGAAGAUACGGCAGGUGAAGGCUAAAUCUCUGUACCUGCAGGUGGAGAAGCUUCGUCAAAACCUCAACAAGCUAGAUAGCACCGUCAGUGCCGUCCAGCAGGUCCUGGAAGAGGGCCGGGCCCUGGACAUCCUGCUGGCCCGAGACCGGAUGCUGGCCCAAGUGCAAGAGCUCAAGGCCAUCCGGAGCCUCCUGCAGCCGCAGGAAGAUGACCGAGUUAUGUUCACACCCCCUGACCAGGCCUUGUACCUGGCCCUCAAGUCCUUUGGCUUUGUCAGCAGCGGAGCGUUUGCCCCGCUCACAAAGGCCACAGGAGAUGGCAUUAAGCGAGCCCUUCAGGGCAAAGUAGCCUCCUUCACCGUGAUGGGCUAUGAUCAUGAUGGUGAGCCUCGCCUCUCCGGAGGCGACCUGAUGUCCGCUGUGGUCCUGGGCCCCGAUGGCAACCUGUUUGGUGCAGAAGUGAGUGAUCAGCAGAAUGGGACUUACGUGGUGAGCUACAGGCCCCAGCUUGAGGGUGAGCACCUGGUGUCGGUGACCCUGUGCAACCAGCAUAUCGAGAACAGCCCCUUCAAGGUAGUGGUCAAAUCGGGCCGCAGCUACGUAGGCAUCGGGCUCCCCGGGCUGAGCUUCGGCAGCGAAGGGGACAGUGAAGGCAAGCUCUGCAGGCCCUGGGGCGUGAGUGUGGAUAAGGAGGGCUACAUCAUUGUGGCCGACCGCAGCAAUAACCGCAUCCAGGUGUUCAAGCCCUGCGGCUCCUUCCACCACAAAUUUGGUACCCUAGGUUCCCGGCCUGGGCAGUUUGACCGACCAGCUGGGGUGGCCUGCGAUGCCUCCCGCAGGAUCGUAGUGGCCGACAAAGACAAUCAUCGCAUUCAGAUCUUCACCUUUGAGGGCCAGUUCCUCCUCAAGUUUGGUGAGAAAGGAACCAAGAAUGGGCAGUUUAACUACCCUUGGGAUGUAGCAGUGAAUUCUGAGGGCAAGAUCCUGGUUUCAGACACCCGAAACCACCGCAUACAGCUGUUUGGGCCUGAUGGGGUCUUCCUGAAUAAGUAUGGCUUCGAGGGGUCUCUCUGGAAGCAUUUUGACUCUCCACGGGGUGUGGCUUUUAACCACGAGGGUCACCUGGUAGUCACCGAUUUCAACAACCACCGGCUUCUGGUCAUUCACCCUGAUUGUCAGUCAGCACGCUUCUUGGGCUCAGAGGGCAGCAACAAUGGACAGUUUCUCCGACCACAGGGUGUAGCCGUGGACCAAGAAGGGCGAAUCAUUGUGGCCGAUUCCAGAAAUCACCGGGUGCAGAUGUUUGAGGCCAACGGCAGCUUCCUGUGCAAGUUUGGUGCUCAAGGCAGCGGCUUUGGGCAGAUGGACCGCCCCUCAGGUAUUGCGGUCACCCCAGAUGGAUUGAUCGUCGUGGUGGACUUUGGCAACAAUCGAAUCCUCAUCUUCUAAUCCAGAAUUCUCAUCCAGAAUCUUCUGGGUUUCUGUGUUUAGGGUGUGCAUGUGUGCGUCUCUCGUUUUCUGAAUUUCAAAGAAGAAAUCAUCUCAGGGAUAUUUCUUUUUCUUUUUCUCCCCUUUUUUAUUUUUUAAAAGAGAACAAAAGUACAACAUUGCAUAAGUCCUACCUCAGCUUUUUUUUUUUUUUUUCUUUACAGAUGAAUGUAAUUCUCUUGGUGCAGGGAUUGGGCCUGUGAAGUGAUAAUUUCUAUCUACCUCAAGUCUUUCAUACCUUCUCCAGCAGCCCUCUUUGCCCCUCCACGGAGCUCACGUUCCCUUUUCUCUUGAGGGUAUGGAAUGCACGGGCCAGCGCUCCUGCGCCCUCGAGGGCACUGGAAGCAUUAUGGUGGGGUGCAUUUUGUGGAUUGAGCCAAGGAAACCCAAAAAUAACUACUAAGUAAAAAAGAAAAGUAUAAGAUGUUGGAAAGAUAGGAUUUAAAAUUCAUAAUUCUAGUGUAUUUGUGUUCUUCAAUACUGUGUGGGGGGGGUUAGGUUGUUGGGUUUGAUCUUUUGGGGAAAAAUUUUUUUCUUUUUAAGUGCUGCAACAGAGCUUUCCUCUGUUCUUGGGUUACCUCAGUGUCUAACAUCUUCAUCCCUAGGAUGCCUGUGGCUUGCUAGCCAAGAAAAGCAGACCAUUCAUAUUUUAGGUGUCUGGUCUUUGUUUCUGCUUAGGAAGGGUGUGUGUGUGUGUGUGUGUGUGUGUGUGU